GGGCCGGCUAGGAGUGGGAGCAGCGUGCGGCUCAGGAGGACUGAGCUCGUGCGGGCGCUGGAGACGCCUGGGAGCGCGGCACCGACCGAGAAGGGCGGGAGCCCAGCUGGUGCCCGCCUGCCCCGCGAGCGGAAGGAAUGUGACCCUCGAGCGCGCACCGGAGCAGCCCUUGCGCGGCUCCCAGGGCUCCGGUUGCUCCCGGCCUGGACGGGUUUAGCUCGGAGCUGCUGGAUUGCUAAGCAUCUCAACUGGGGCACGCGGGCGCGUCCAGGAGAAUAUGAAAGUGCUACUUGGGCUCCUUUGUCUCAUUGCGCCUCUGCUGUCGCUGGAGAUCGAUGAAUGUACAGAAUAUUCAAAUGAGAUCGUUUCAUUUUUAUCUGUAAAUGAAAUGGAUAUUCGCAAGUGUCCUCUUACUCCAAAUGACAAUGGCACCAUAUUUUGGUAUAAAAAUGACAGCAAGACCCCCAUAUCAACAGACCGGGACUCGAGGAUUCAUCAGCAGAAUGGACAUCUUUGGUUUGUUCCUGCCAAGGUGGAGGAUUCAGGAUAUUACUAUUGUAUAGUUAGAAACGUAGCUUACUGCCUCAAAAGUAAAAUCACCGUGGAUGUUUUAGAGAAUGACCCUGACUUGUGUUACAACACCCAGGCCAGCUUCCCACAGCGGCUCCUCAUCUCAGAGGAUGGACGCCUUGUGUGCCCUUAUUUGGAGUUUUUUAAAGAUGAAAAUAAUAAGUUACCCCAAAUCCAGUGGUAUAAGAACUGUACACCUCUGCCUCUUGACAAUGGAAGCUUCAUUCGAUUCGGAGAUACCCUGGUGGUGAUGAAUGUGACUAAAGAGCACAGAGGGAACUAUACAUGCCGUAUGUCCUACACGUACCAGGGGAAGCAAUAUCCGGUCACACGAGUAAUAACAUUUAUCACAGUAGAUAAAAGCAAGAGAGACAAACCUGUGAUCGUGAGCCCACGAAAUGAGACGAUGGAAGCUAACCCAGGAUCCACGAUACUGCUGACCUGCAACGUCACGGGCCAGUACUCGGAUCUUGUCUACUGGAAGUGGAAUGGAUCGAUGAUUGAAUGGGAUGAUCCAAUUCUAGUUGAAGACUUUCAAUUUGUGGAAAAUCCUUUGGCCAAAAAAAAUCACUCACUCAUUGCAACGCUUAACGUUUCACAAGUUAGAAGCCAGUUUUAUCGCUAUCCAUUUAUCUGUGUCAUUAAGAACACAAACAUUUUAGAGUCAGCGUAUGUGCAGUUAAUAUACCCAGUUCCUGAUUUCAAGAAUUACCUCAUCGGGGGCUUUGUCACCCUCACAGCAACAAUUGUAUGCUGUGUUUGCAUCUAUAAAGUCUUCAAGGUUGAUAUAGUGCUUUGGUACAGGGAUUACUGCUCUGAUUUUCUUCCCCCAAAAGCUUCAGAUGGAAAGACCUAUGAUGCCUAUAUUCUUUAUCCCAAGACGUUCGGAGAGGGAUCCUUCUCAAACUUAGAUACUUUUGUAUUUAAACUGUUGCCUGAGGUCUUGGAGGGACAGUUUGGAUACAAACUGUUCAUUUAUGGAAGGGACGACUAUGUUGGAGAAGAUACCGUUGAGGUUACUGAUGAAAAUGUCAAGAAGAGCAGGAGACUGAUUAUCAUUUUAGUGAGAGAUAUGGGAAGCUUCAGCUGGCUGGGUCAAUCAUCCGAAGAGCAAAUAGCAGUAUAUAAUGCUCUUGUCAAGGAAGGAAUUAAAAUUGUCCUGCUUGAGUUGGAGAAAAUCCAAGACUAUGAGAAAAUGCCAACAUCUAUUCAAUUCAUUAAGCAGAAGCAUGGAGCCAUUUGCUGGUCAGGAGACUUUAAAGAAAGACCACAGUCUGCAAAGACCAGGUUCUGGAAAAAGUUAAGGUACCAGAUGCCAGCCCAACGACGAUCACCGUUGUCUAAACACCACUUACUAACCCUGGAUCCUGUGCUGGACACUAAGGAGAAACUGCCGGCAGAGACACACUUGCCUCUCGGCUAGCGUGGCAAAAGUGGACGGGACAAGAACUUUGGAAUGCCUCCUGUCAUAAGAUGCUGCAGCUAGGCUGUGCCUUUCAGUAAAACAGUCACGAAACAAACCCGUGCAGUCCCUUGUCCCAGGUCACCUGGAACUGGAUUGUGAAGAGAACAGAACUUGGUGGCCAGGGCUGUUCAGAGAAGAGAGCUUCGGAAGCUCCGUGCAGUGGUUGCUCCGGGAGACUGCUUUGGAUGCUAGACUAACAGUCAAGGCAGUGACCUGAAAGUAGGAAGCUUCAGGAAAUGGCCACAUAUAUGGGUGGUUUAAUUAGAUUCUGUGGAGUCUCACCGUGAGAUUGUGGUUGUCUGAGGACACUUUGAGGGUCGUUGUCAAAGAAGUGGCUCCCCUAAGUGAUGGUGGGGUUUACUGAUACCCCACAGUGGAAGGCAUCUCUUCCCUGUAUUUUCCAGAUACCUUGGCCACCAAAGUUAGUUUUCAAAGACUACAUUUUACUGCAUAGACCUUGAAAACCGCCUUUCCAGUGAAGAAGGAUUCUCUGGAGAUCCCUUCCCUGAAGUUACCUUAGCUUUUUGCAGUAGACUGGAUUUUACAUGAACUGUAGAAGGAAGCCAGCACCCACAAGUUUCUUCUAUUCAAGUCUCCACCUUGGACUGGCUCUAGCACCAUCUUCCUUCUGCAUUUGACGGGGCUCAUUGCUUCUUUGGAAAUAAGUGCAAUGCUGUAUCUCUCUGUCCUGUCACAGGCACAGUCUGAGGAUUCAACUUUGUGCAAGAGACUCCGCUCUUACCCCAACCCCCACCACCCGAGGGGCUUCAUCCCCCACCCUGGGGCUGUAACACUUCUGAGGCUCUUCUGAGCAGAAGCUGAAGUCUACCCAAGGCACGUGGCAUUCCUCCCCUUCUUCUCUGGUCCCAGUGCGCUCUAGUCAGUUCCUUUACUGUCCUGCUGUGUGGUUGCAGAACAACCUCUGGAACCUCUGUACCUGCUCUCAGCACGCCUACGCUGUCUUUGCCCUGACGCCCACUUCCCGUGCCUACAAUUCGCUCCUGCAUUUUCUCCACGUGACAAGGAGUUUGCUAAAGUUUAAAGUUUAUUUCAAUGCUAAACUCCCAACUGCCCAAUCUCUGCUUACUCUAAGACUUGGCCAGUCAAGCUGCCAGCCCUCUUGUCAGUCAUUACAACCCUGCUGCUUCUUUGUAGAAGGUUGUUUCUUUACUAGCAGAAAUCAGUUCUCCCAGGGAGAGGUAGUGGGUGUGUCUCUGUCUGCUCACUACUUUCCGAAAUGGGAACAGAUGGUGUAGAUUUACUAAGGCCUUUAUUUUAAAGUGUUCUUGGAUAAUAGUAUUUAAAUUCGCAAUUAUUCUAAUUUUAUAUAGAGACUGACCUAUUUAACAAAAAGAUUCUCUUAACUCUACUGACCCCAGACGUUGAACUUCCUAGUUCCUGUCCCUGUGCUCUGAUUUUUUGAUUUCAGGUCUAGCUCUGUGCACUUACCUCAGUACUCAGCACUUACUCAGUACUCAGUACUUACUCAGUACUUAUGGGAAGAGACCUGGGUGUUCUUUGGGAAGCAACUGAGUGGAGGGAUGUUUUGGCAGGAGGAACCCACAGUCCUUUUCAGUGUUGGGAUUUAUAACACCUACCUUUAGAUUUUUCAGUAUGGUAUUUCUAUUUUCCAAUACCGGCUCUCUAAAGGUCAACAUUUCUUUUCCCAACUAAAAAUGAAAUAAGAAAAAAAAAAUUUUUUUUUUGGUACAGAAGUUUCUUUUUGUUUGUUUGUUUGUUAUUUCUAACUUGAUGAUUAUCUUCAGAAUGAUCCUCACAGUUCUGGAAGAUUGAAAAACUGAGUUCACAUGCCAAGAACAAACCCGGUUUUAAGGGUUGUCUAUAUGGGGAUAGCCUUCUGUCUGUCAGACUUUGAACAUCUGCUAUGGGUGAGCACAAAUGUUAUUUAAAGGCAUCUUCUCACCUACAUAGAAGUAAACAAAAACACAAUUUGGGAUUUUGACUCUUCGGCUUUGACCUCAUUUCUCCCGGAUCCAACCUGACAGUAGAGCACUGGAUUGCUGGGGUAGAGAAAGAAAGGCUGUCCCAGAUGGCAGCCGGAAGUCUGAUGGAGUGAGGUCAUAUCCCGACCCAUGAUGCUUUAAAGGUUUAAUUUGGGUGAUAAAAUUUUUUUUUGUCUGUCAUCUAGAAAAUUUAUCUGCAUGCAUGUAUAUUACAUGUGAAUGAGAGUUAGUGGAAGCUUGGCCAGGAGGUAUAAAGGGGAGAGCAAGGAUAGAGCCACAGAUCUUGUGACACUGGAGACUGAGGGGGAACAGAACCUGUGCUGAGAAAGCCCCUCAGCAAGAAAGUAGAGUCAUUGCUGUUUCCCAGGGUCAGUCAAAGAGGAUGAAACAUCACAUAUGGGCCGUGGGAACUUCCCGAGACUUCUCCCCGUCUGCCUCAGAAGUUCUCAGCUGUUGUCAGCUGAGGAUCGUGCUUUCCCCAAUACUGAGAUUUCACCGUACUUUCUGAUGGUGUUUUUAAAAGGCCAAGUGUUGCAGAAGUUUGCACAUGCAACCAUGUAUUAAUUGCCAGUGUUUAAAACUGGUUUAGCAGAAUUUAUAUUUUUCUCUCUCUUGCCUUUUGAAUUUUACUUAUGUUAGAGAAAGUAUUGAGCCAUUUUAAUGACUUUUUAAAAUAAUUUAUAUUUAUACUGGUCAGUAAUGAAGGGUGUUUUUUAUUACUAAAGAGCUUGAUUUUAUAAUUCUGCAGCAGAUGCCAAAUAUUAUGUAUCACAAACCACAGAAUUUAUGUACAGCACGUAUUAUGAAUCAACAAACUUGUUUUCCAAUAAAUUGUUAAACCCUCCUUUGAAUAACACUGAAAAUUGAUUUCUCUGUCCUUUCUUUAUCUUACAUGGCUUCUGAGG